CAGGGAAAGGGCCUCCCACUGGGCAGAUGGGAAACUGAGGCCCAGUGGGGAGGCAGGGCAGGACCUGACGUGGGUCCAGGUGGGGGGGGUCUGGUCCUCGGAGGGGCGGGCCUUCACGCGCUCAAGAGCGGCCACAGCCCAGCAACCGGACACCAGCGAUGAAUAAGUGAUGCCCGCCUGCGGCCGGAUCGCCUCCCCCUGCCAGCUGCCUGGGCGCCGCUGGCUGGGCGUCGCUCUGCUCGGACCUGCCGGCCGCCGGGAUGGCCAGGCGGGGGGGCGCGGGGCCCCUCUGGGCGCUGAGCGGCGCGGCCCUGGGGGUCUGCCUCGCCGGGGUCGCUGGGCAGCUAGUGGAACCCAGCACGGCCCCGCCCAAGCCCAAGCCCCCGCCGCUGACCAAGGAGACUGUGGUGUUCUGGGACAUGCGCCUGUGGCACGUGGUGGGCAUCUUCUCCCUCUUCGUGCUGUCCAUCAUUAUCACUCUGUGCUGUGUUUUCAACUGCCGUGUGCCGAGGACGCGGAAGGAGAUCGAAGCCCGCUACCUGCAGCGGAAGGCGGCCAAGAUGUACACUGAUAAGCUGGAGACCGUGCCGCCCCUCAAUGAGCUCACAGAGGUUCCCGGAGAUGACAAGAAGAAGAAGAAGAAGAAGGACAGCGUGGACACGGUGGCCAUCAAGGUAGAGGAGGAUGAGAAGAAUGAAGCCAAGAAGUGAGAGAGAAUCAAGGAGAGCUUCCUGGAGGCGGCAGCCUGGACUCCACGCUCCUCCCUGAGCCUGCCAGGGGCAGGGACCAGACCGCAGGUGUGCUGCCUCCUAGCCUGGGCUCCGCUGCUUCUCCCCUGUCCACGUGGCCACUCAGCAAAGCGGGCCGGGGCCACCGUCCCUCCGCAGAUCAGAGCAGCCUGCCCCCCACAGGCGGGUCUCACCCUCUGGCUGGAGCACAGGGAGCUAAGGGAGUGGCACGCUGUGGGGUCACUGGGGAAAGCACGUGAACCAAUGGGCCGGGUGGGCAGCCGGGAGCUGGGUGCAGGCGGCUCUCAGGCUGUGCCGGACGGCAGCCCUGGGUGGGGGGUCAGCCCCCACCCAUCAGGGGCUCGGGUCCAGCGGGGGCGCGGAGGUGGCCAGAAGCAGAACCCCCAGCCCCGCAGCCGAAGCCCCUGGCAGCAGGAUGCACUUGGUUUACACUCAGGGAUGGAGAAGAGGCUGCUGGGUCAGCAGCGGCUGGGGCUCAGGGCUGGGCUGCAGGUGUCAGGGGUGCGGGAGGCUGCAGCCGGGCCAGGGGGGAGGGGAGAGGGAAUCUCUGAGAAGCCAGCGGGCCCGGCUGUGCCGUGAUCCUUCUCCAUCGGCCCCAGGGGAUCACCGAGGGGCAGCUGGGGUUGAGGCGCCUCUUCUCCCACCCUCAACAACAGGCCCAAAGCACGGCGAUGAGAAGGCCCGGGUGAGAGGUGCGGAGGGCUUCUGCAGGGCCGCGCGCACCAGCCGGGCGUCCCGGGGCGUCCCUGGGGCCUGGGGC